UGAAAGCAUUAAUUUUAGAUCAAGUGGUAAUUGUGUAAGAUUUAGUGAUUAUAUUUUAAAAAUAUUAACUUGCCUUUAUCUUUACUUCAGAACGAAUUAAUCAAAGUUGGAAUACCAUGUGCAGGGCUUUACGCAACAACAGGACAAUCAUUGGAAUACCAAGAGAAAGUUUUUCAAGAAAUCGAGAGUAAAAUGCUCAAAAUAUUAUUGAUAACACCAGAAAAACUAAUGCUCAAUCAAGGUUUUCGUAAUAUGUUAAGAAAAGUUCAUGGAGAAAUAGGCGUUAGAUUUGUAAUAGAUGAAGCCCAUUGUAUACUGGAAUAUAACCAUUACAGGCCUGAAUGGAGGAAGCUAGGCUGCUUAAAAGAGUUUUUUCCAUCCACUUCCAUUUUACUUCUUACUGCCACUUGUUCCCAAGAUGAUGCAGAAGUAAUUCGUCAAAACCUCAAUAUUAAUUCUGUAAACUUUAAUGUGAUUCGCAGUUCAUGCUUUUCCCGUCCUGAAAUUGAAUAUAUAGUGAAAAAAAAGAGUACCAGUGAAAGAAAUUUAGUGGAAAUAGCUAAAAUUGUUAAUGAAAUUAGUGAUGGUCAAUGCAUAAUUUAUUGUUCUUCUCCAGGUAUAUGCAAUGAAAUAUUACCUUUAUUGCAAGACAAACUAAAAGGCACAGCAAUUGGCACUUAUCACGGAGGUCUUGAAAGUUUUGAAAGAGAUCAAGUUAUGCUUCAAUGGAAAUCUCGACUACUAAAAGUCAUGAUAGCAACAAAUGCUUUUGGGUUGGGCGUAAAUUCACCUAAUAUUCGCACUGUUGUACAUUAUACAUUUCCGUCUAGUAUAAGUAAUUUUAUACAAGAAUCCGGACGUGCAGGUCGUGAUGGAAAUCCAGCACAAAGCAUUUUGUUUUAUUCCCGAAAUGAUAUUAAAACUGUAUAUACCAUAAUUACAGGAGGCCGUGAAAGUUUUCUUUAUAGUGAUUUCGAUAAUAAUGAAUCUACAUCUCUUGAACGCACACAAUAUCUAAACAAGGGGCAAAGGAAGAUAUUUGAAAUGGUUACUUAUUGUGAGAGUAUUUAUGAAUGUCGUGCCCAACAACUUGCAGCUUACCAUUCAUGGCAAUCCGAUUCCAAAAUUCCGCGGUGUACAAAAUGUGAUUGUUGCAUAAACUAUUUUAAAGAUCUUCCAAAAUCUGAAAAUAUUAAAAAUGAUGUAAUUCAUUUACUGAAAGUUAUUAUCGCUGUGACAGAAUUUUUGGGAAUGAGAAAUCAACUUACUUUACCUAUCGAUAUUAUUCAUGUUUUUGCUAAAGCAAAUAACAAUAAUAUCAAAGAAAAGCAACUCAGUUCUUUACCGAUUUACAAACAAGAUUACAACAAAACUCUUCGGCGAUUUGAAGAUAUUUCUCGUUUACUUGACAAUUUAAUUAUAAAAAAUUUGGUAAAAGUUCGUAUUGAUUUAAAAAAAGUAAAUACAAGUACAAGUUCUACACAAUUGUCCGGUAAAGUAAUAAUAGAAGGAAUUACCGAAAAUGCCAUAGAAAUAGCACAAAAUCGGUGUUGGAGUUUUUUAUUGAAAUGAGAGUUACAAAAAAUUUAUAUUGUAUUACAAAAAAAAAAAUAAAAUAUUUUUUA